AUGAAUCGCUGUUUCACCCUUUGGAUUUCUUUGUAUGUGGAUUGUUUUACAGCAUUCAUUCAGAAAAAUACAGAAGAGAUAGCCACAGAGGGGAGAAGCACAACAAUAACUUGCUUCUAUGAUAUGGAAUACAGAUUUGACAAUAAAUAUUGGUGCCGAGGAAGUUCCCGAACAUCUUGUGAUAUUUUAGGAGAAACAAAGAAGUUUGUAAAGUGGAACUAUGAAAACAGAUUGACACUCCUUGAUAACAGGAAAGGCGUCUUUUGGGUGACAAUGCACCAACUGACAGAAGAUGAUUCAGGAACAUAUUGGUGUGGAAUUGAAAGGCCUUUUGCUGACAUAAUGACUUCAGUGAAACUGAAGGUAAAUAAAGCUCCUACAACACGUUGCCAUGUGCAAACCAGUCCUCCCUCCACUCCCUCAUCUACAGCUGAGGUUACUACAGCUUUCCCAGAUAUUUCCGAUUUUAAUUUAAACGCAUCUCUGUCUUCCAAUGCCACUUGUCAUCAUAGAGUCACAGAAAGAAACUGGAAUUAUAGCCCAUGGGGUAUUCUACGCUGGGUGUUCAUGGUUCUUCUCGUGGCUUCUUUCAUUGUGAUUCAUUGGAACAUCAUAUCUACAUAA